AUGGAAAGUCAUGAAGUUAUUAUUAAAUCGAUUGAAUAUCCUCCACUUCUUAUCGAUUCAUUCGGACAAUAUGAUCAAUGGAUGGAAAAAUAUUAUAAUCUUCAAAAAAUUCAUUUUGAUGAUCAUCAUCGUUUUUAUUUUCAUAUAAUUUGUGAUUCACUUGACAAAGUUUCAUCAUCAAAUUUAUUUAAUCAAGAUGACCAUUUACAUCAUUUAUAA